AUGACAUCGUCAUCUAUGAAGGCGUACUUAGCUGAAAAGUACAUGUCAGGACCGAAAGCAGACGCAAUUCUGGCACAUGCAACUAAAAAGAAGAAGCGAAAGGUAACUGCAGCGAAAGCAGGAAGUGAGAGUUUUGUAAAGGACGAAGACACUGGUUGGGGAGAUGCUGCCAUGAACGAGGAUGAAGAGCUGAAAGACGCCGUUAUAGCGACGGAUCGAGGAUUCAAGAAGCGAAGGGUGGAAACCGGUCAAGGGUGGACGACGAUACAAGAGUCAGUGGUGAAAGAGGAGGAAGUCGAGGCAGAAGACGAAGCCCCUGUGAUUGUCGGAGGACUAGUGACCGGAGCCCAGCUGAAGCAGAUGAAGAAAACAGAGAUGGAAAAGGGCGAGACGGCGGAAGAGGUCGCGCGACAACAAGAGACGGUGUAUCGAGACGCGAGUGGAAGGAAGAUUGACACGAAAGCAGCUCGUGCAGAGGCAGCUAGGAAGAAACGAGAAAGAGAAGAGGCUGAGGCGAAGAAGAUGGAAUGGGGAAAGGGAUUGGUUCAGAGGGACGACAGCGAUAAACGCCGGGAAGAAUUAGAAAAGGCAAAGAGUCGGCCAUUCGCCCGCCAUGCCGACGACAAGGAAAUAAACGAGGAAUUGAAAGAACGGGAACGAUGGAACGAUCCGGCAGCAGCCUUCAUGACGAAGAAGAAGAAGGGCGGUCCUCGAAAACCAGAAUACAUAGGACCGCCGCCCCCACCGAACAGAUUCGGAAUCAAGCCUGGCUACAGAUGGGACGGUGUGGACAGAGGAAACGGAUUUGAAAAGAAAUUAUUUCAAAGCAGGAACGCGAACAAACGGCUUACAGCAGAGAGCUAUCAAUGGAGUGUAGAUGACAUGUAA